AUGAGGGUGAGCGCACUGCCGUUUGGGCGAACCGGGGUGGAUGUGUUGGUGGAGAGGGUGGCUGUUUCUACUACUGUCAACGCCGUUCGUAGCACGUCAGCAGCAGUGCUGACGGUGCAGCAGCUGAGUGCACGUGCUGCUCGCAUCAUGCGCUCAACGCCGUGGGGCCGACUCACGCGACCCGACGUGUGGUUACCACACGUCCAGGCCUUCAGCCGCUUCCUAGAAGCUUCUCACCGCAGCCUGCUUCAGUCGCUCAAGAUCCCUUCCUCAGCCAUUUUCCACAGUGCGUUGGAGAUGCUCGUGCACCAUAACAGAAGACUUCACGACGAGCAUCCAGAAGGUGGUUGGAGCGAGGAACUUCUUGAAGACACAAGUGGAGUGUCUUACUCCACCGCCCCGGUGCGCUGGAGAGGCGUGUGCAGCAAAACAGAUGACUUUACAGCGUGCAGCCGCAAGGUGGUUGGGGCGAGGUACUUCCUGAAGGGUGCGGAGCGGGCGUUUGGCCAGGUGGACACCAUGGACGAUUACCUGUCGCCAAGUGACAUGCAGCAGCACGGCACAUCGUGCGCGGGAGCUGCUGCCGGAAAUGCAGGUGUGGAGGUGACAGUGGGAGGCCGGACCUUCGGCACAGCCUCGGGCAUGGCACCGAGAGCCAGGCUGGCGGUAUACAAGGCGCUGUGGAUGGUCUUUGAUUCGAAUUAUGGGGUGAAGGGAAAAGGAGCGACUUCUGACCUCAUAGCUACUGCAGAGAAGGCGGUGGCUGAUGGGGUGGACGUGAUUUUCUGCUCGUGGGGCGACCUUGCCCUGUACUUCCAAGACCUGCCUUACUUGAGAGGACUCAAGGCAGGAGUGGUCACGGCCUUUGCAGCUGGCAAUAAGGGUCGACCUAAACGCAUGAAAUUGCAGGGCACGCUUUCAAAUGCCUCUCCCUUCUACCUCACACAUGUGAAGUUUGAGUUGACCCCACAGCAUGUGAAGUUUGAGUUGACCCCACAGCAUGUGAAGUUUGAGUUGACCCCACAGCAUGUGAAGUUUGAGUUGAUCCCACAGCAUGUGAAGUUUGAGUUGACCCCACAGCAUGUGAAGUUUGAGUUGACCCCACAGCAUGUGAAGUUUGAGUUGACCCCACAGCAUGUGAAGUUUGAGUUGACCCCACAGCAUGUGAAGUUUGAGUUGACCCCACAGCAUGUGAAGUUUGAGUUGACCCCACAGCAUUCGAAGUUUGAGUUGACCUCACAGCAUGUGAGGUUUGAGUUGACCCCACAGCAUGUGAAGUUUGAGUUGACCUCACAGCAUGCGAAGUUUGAAUUGACCCCACAGCAUGCGAAGUUUGAGUUGACCCCACAGCAUGCGAAGCUUGAGUUGACCCCACAGCAUGUGAAGUUUGAGUUGACCCCACAGCAUGUGAAGUUUGAGUUGACCCCACAGCAUGUGAAGUUUGAGUUGACCCCACAGCAUGUGAAGUUUGAGUUGACCCCACAGCAUGCGAAGUUUGAGUUGACCCCACAGCAUGUGAAGUUUGAGUUGACCCCACAGCAUGUGAAGUUUGAGUUGACCCCACAGCAUGUGAAGUUUGAGGUGACCCCACAGCAUGUGAAGUUUGAGUUGACCCCACAGCAUGUGAAGUUUGAGUUGACCCCUCAGCAUGUGAAGUUUGAAAUGACUUACAAGCCACACACACCCACCCAUCCCAACCUUCACAACCACUGCUGCUCCCCCCCUCAGAACACCAUGGGGCGGGAUUACACUCAAUUCCACCCUCCCACUCCCGCCUGCACCACUGCUCCAUCCCUCAUCACCAUGGGGCAGGAUUACACAGCAGUGCUCACCUUGGGCGAUGGAACCACCUUCACGGAACGCAUUCAGUCUCCCUUCCACUCAAUGCAUUCAGUCCACCCUCCCACUCCCCCCUGCACCACUGCUCCAUCCCUCAUCACCAUGGGGCGGGAUUACACAACAGUGCUCACCCUGGGUGAUGGAACCACCUUCACGGAACACAUUCAGUCUCCCUUCCACUCAACGCAUUCAGUCCACCCUCCCACUCCCCCCUGCACCACUGCUCCAUUCCUCAGCACCAUGGGGAGGGACUACACAGCAGUGCUCACCCUGGGCAGUGGAACCACCUUCACAGGGCGCAGCCUCGGCGGCAACACUGCCACGGAGACACCUCUGCCCCUCAUGCUCGCUGGGGGUUACACCACUGUGGGCCUCCCAGACGAUGUGAGAUUGAACGGGUUUUAA